UUGUCUCUACCCAAAAGUGGGUGGACCAAAGUAGAUAAAUAGCUGCAAAUUUCUUUGUUUGUUCAUACAGCAAAAAAUGCCCACCGAUGGUCGAGAUGAACAUCAUACUAACAGUAGAAGAACCAGAAGACGGUUAGAAACACACAACGAGUUUCAGCGCAGAGGAAAUACUCAAGCCCCAGAAACAAUUAUUGGUCCUGCACCUGGUCGGCGUAAUGUUUUACCACGCUCUGUUGUUGCCGAUUUCCCUCUUAAUGAUGCGCGACUCCUCAGGGAAUUUUCUGCUCGUCAUGCUGGCUUUCUUCUUUCAGAACAAACACAUCCCCCUGACAUAAGACGUGGAGCUUACGAGUAUUUCGCCAACUUCCUCAACCUCUUGCGAUCACACUCUACCUUAGACUUGAUGACUACAUUAAAAUCACAUGUUGCUGAAGGACUCGAUGUUAUUAAUAUGUAUGGCUUCAGAGGUGAAUGGCUUGAUGACUUAGUUCUUCGUCUGAAUCCCUCCUAUCUUGAUAUCGCUGAAGAAGAGUUGCGAAACCUGACUGACCAAGAAGCUACGUAUACUGAUUCGAAACUAGUUGGAGAGUUGGAGGAGGAAUAUGCAAUCUUAACAUACAAAUUACGUGAAUUAAGAAGAAAGAUUAGCGACGAGAAACUAGCUAUGGACUACGUUUCUAAUAGGAAGAAGCAAGUUAUGGAAGAAAUAGCAAGCUUUAAUGCCCCUUUUAAUAUUUAGUGUCGCAUUUUAUAUUCCCUCUCGUCCCUUAUAUACGAGACAAAUGAGUCAACAAAAAUUGAUAUAUUUAGUUUUUGAAUAUAUCAACUUUUGUUGUUCAUUUAUCUACUAUGAGAAAUUCUCACAUGAUCUUACCUAAGAGAUUAUUUUUACACCCAACCAAUUAAAAUCAAACAUCUCAUUAAAAUAAUAAAAAUAAUUCAUAUCAUAAUUUUUUCUCAUUAUUUUUAAUAUUUCUCUCUUUUUUCCACUUUCUUUAACCGACAAAAACCACCCACCACCAUUUAUGUUUCCAUUUCCUUAAUUAAAAUCACAUUUUUUUUAAAGUUAAUAACAUAUGUCAUAUUUUUAUUGAUCGGGUGUAAGAAUAAUGUGUUGGGUGAGAGUUCAUGCAAGAAUAUCUCUUAUAAAAAGGACCAAAGCGAAUACCUCACUUGGUUCUUUGAGUUUCCACAUUUUCCUUAAGUUCAUUAUUAUCAUGUUUAUUGGAUGCAUGGAUAUCUUCCUCGAUGUUUCUAAAGUGUUCAAUAAUAAUUCAUUCCAAUGUGUUACUACAUUUUUAAAUGUUA